AUGGACUCUGAGAAAAACGAAGAAGACAGCAAAAGCUUCUCUCCAUCCGAGCCAAAGCUCUGCUUCAAUGGCUGCGGCUUUUUCGGAACAGCUGCUAACAUGAACCUCUGCUCCAAAUGUUAUCACGACCUCAGAAUCACCGAAGAGCAAGCCGCUUCAGCUAAAACCGCUGUUGCGUCAUCAUCAACGAACAGCAGAUUCAGCGACGGAGGUGAAACGACAGCGUUUUCUCCGCAACAGAGUACAAGAUUUCAUAGAAGCAAAGAUCCAUGGCGAUUUCGAGCUCUGUUUAUAUUCGUGUCACUCUUCUUCUUACCUGCUUCGCACGGCAUCGAUUUUGAAUACUGCAACGGUAGUGGAUACGACUACAUAAGCGUCGCUGGUGUGGAGAUCUCUUACGUUGAGCCUAACAACGUAACAACCAUUUCGAUAGCCGGUUCUACAAGUGGUGGUUACCUCUAUCUAGAAAAUGUACGUCUAUAUUUUAAGGUCCCAUAUUUUAAAACAACAGGCGAGGAGUCCAUCAUCUAUUCAAAAUAUUACAAAAUCAACAAAGUCUGCAAUAAGACUAGAUGCCCUUUUGAUUCUAGCACCUUUGAGCUCAAUCUUCCUGUUCUCCCUUCGAGUGAUUUACCCAGGGUUGAUUACAAGGUUGAGAUAUCCUUGUUGGAUGGUGUGGAAAGAGUAGCAAUGUGCAUCGCCAUGAACUUUCCGGCUUAUUCUUCUCCCUCAUUCUCUUCUGCCUAG